GGGACGCAUGCAGGACCCUUACGCUAGUGCGGACGCCGCCUCGCAGAGCAGCGUCGAGUUCGGGAAGCUGGGCCCAGCGUUUGGCUCCGCCUGGACCACGCCGGCGCCUGGCGCCGCGCCGCUGCAACAGCCGGACUUCCUGUUUGAGGAGACGGCGGAUGCCAUGUACCGCCGGUCGUGGGGCGACCGCCUGACCUACCACAUCGGUGUUGGCUACCUCGUCGGGCUGGUGGCGGGCGGCAGCUGGGGCCUGUACGAGGGCCUCAAAUCGUCUACGGGUGAGCGGCAGCGGAUCCGGAUCAAUGCGGUGCUUAACGCGACGGGCAAGCACGGGCCGGGGCUGGGCAACUCGGUCGGCUGCCUCGGCAUGAUGUUCUCCACCUUCGAGACCCUCGCCUUCAACUUUCGCGGCGAGGACGACAUGCUCAACGUGAUGGGCGCGGGCGCUCUGGCCGGAGGCAUCUUCAAGUCGCAGGCGGGACUGCGCACCGCGGGGACGGCGGCGCUGGGCAUGUCUGCCGUCAUGACGGCGCUCACCGUCGUGAUGAACGCGACGCGGUGAGAGGGACGGGCCCCCUCUAGCGGCUCCGGCUCGGCCAGCUCUCGCGACUCGUUGGCGCGCAGGCAGCGGCGUGGCGAAGGGGCGAGCGCGCGGCGCAGCGGCGCCGCGGCUGCCGGCGAAGCGGCGGCCCCGGCGCUUGCCUCGAUUGGUUUCUCUAACAUAUAUAUCGAUAUUCCGCGGUCCGCGUGAUAUGUUGUGCAGCUUGUGCAGGGAUCUUUCGGUUGAGAGGCGCUAGGUGGGUUCGGCGACUAGCGCCGGGGUCGGCACAUGUAGCUGUCCUUUGUUACCCAAAAAAAGCUCUAUCCGC